ACUACCACCACUCAGCUAUUUCACACGACUAUCCUCGUAGCCUUCCUUUUGUUUCAACCAACUCUUCACACACACAUCGACACACACCAGCGCCUCUCCCAGUUAAGUGAACAACAACUGGGGGGGAAAGAAAAGGAAGAAGGAAAAGAAGGACAAAACAAAGAGGGGGGAAAUAAUAAAAAAUAAGAAAUAGAGCUUUCCGGAUCUUCAGAAUUAUUACAACAAUGGCAGCCGCGCAGGGUCUUAGCUCCGUCGAGGAUCAACUUCAACAACUAGGAAGUGCGCGCGCCCUUGUUCUAACCGAUCCAGUCUACUGGCCGCAGGUACUACACGGUAUCCUCCCAAUCGUAUCCGGACCUGUUGUCGAGCUGAGGCGUUGGGGUGCGGACUUUCUCGCUGAGACCUUUUCCACCCCUGUGGUCGAGGCCGGGGAGAAGUUGAAUCUUGCGGUUGCUUGCCUGGAUACAAUGGUUAGGUUGAUGGAUGAGAGAGAGGCAGGCAUUCUUAAGAGCGUCGUCCAGUGUAGUGCUUCCGUAUACCCGCUCAUAUUCAGAUAUAUAUGCAAUAAUCGAGAAGAUGCAGCCACAUGGAAGAAAAUGGAUGUAUUGAAGUCGAAGAUCCUGAGUCUCUGGGACACCGGCCCGGUGGGGGUACGCCUUUGCUGUAUCAAGUUCGUACAGAGGGUAAUAUUAGUUCAAUCUAGAGGAGUGACGGACCCCAGACUUGCAGACAGGUCGGAAAUAUCUCUUAGCAUGGUUCCAACUAAUCAUCCCAUUCUGUCACUCCCCGCGCUAGACGCGGAGGCUCAAGGGCUACUUGACAGGCUACUGGGUGUGCUCCACGAAGAUCCAAGGCAAGAAAACACCACCACCACCGCCACCAAUAGUGGAGAAUCAAGUAGAAUAACAGGUAUAUUGAUAAUUAGUAGUGAUGCCACCCUUAUCGUGGCCACUCUAAACAAUCUUGCGCAACUGGUCAAGACACGGAAUCCUAUUGCUGCGAAGAUAGUGGGCGCAGUGUUGUCAUUUAAUCCCUUGGCAAUAGUGUCGAGGUCUAAUACCAUACAAAACCGUCUCAUGAUGCAAUGUAUGGAAAAGACUGUCCGUGUGUUGUUGCUCAAUAUAGUUCGUGCCAACCCGCAGGGUCCAUUCACGGGCAAAGUCUCGCAGCAUUUGACGAGACUUUCGCGAAUGAAGGCGGACCUUUUGGAGGAGCUAUCGCGCAAGAGAGCAGCUCCAACGUCGGACAACGACGCAGUCAAGAGGUUGAAGACCGAUCAGCAACAGCAACAUGCCGUGGUCACUCCUACUCCAACUCCCCCGCCGGUUCUCCUGCAGCAGCAGAUCAUCAGUGGUCCCAUGUCAUAUGCACAAUUAUAUAGUCUUUCUACUGACGUUGCCAUGACUUCUUUUGACGGGCAGCAAUUGCCGCUGGAAUUGAUCCUCGAAAUUAUCAAUCGGAGCAUGUAUAACGUUCAGCAACAUAACCUUGAUGCCGCGAUUUCUGCUGUGAGAAAUCGUUACGACACCCAUUUGAGCGCACCUCCGCCUAUUCCAUCAGAGGCGCUCGCACAAUCUUCUUCCCAACCUUUGAACUACGCUCCACCACCAGCGACUACUGACGAACCCCACGCGGGUCCUUUUACAGAUGCUAUUGAGAAUAGAAUUGGCAAACAGGAGAAGGAGGAGGAUAAAGUGGAAUCGAAUGACGAAGAUGAGGAAGAGAGUGAACUUCAGUUGGGGAAGUUCUGUCUCCCGCCUCCACCAACUCUCAGUCGUGAAGACUUGCGCGAAUCAAGUUUCGAUGCCGUAAACAGGAUCUUCUCUGUAAUUGACCAGUUUGAUAAAACCUCACUGGUGUCCAGGAAGAGUAAACUCGGAGUGAUGCGUCUGGCAGCGAGUAAUUGGGAUAGAGAGGGCUGGACCACCCUCAUCACACGUCUGGCAACCAGAGGGAUGGGAGGGAUUCAAGGUGAAGACAACAAACCAGAUGAAGGAAGCAGUAAAUUGCAAAAGCCCUCCGCACUCAGCAAUUUCAUUAGAGAUAAACUCUACCUUUGCAUCAUCGAAGAUUUUAGAGGAAGAAUGGACAUUGCGAUCUCCUGGCUCAAUGAGGAAUGGUACAACGACAAAGUCAUGACGAAGGCCCAACCGAACCGACAGCCCCAAUACAAGAUCUGGAUGAUGAAGGUCAUGGACGGGAUAUUCCCGUUCUUGGAAGGGAAAGAUAGGAUGUUCAUGAGAUUGCUUUCGGAAAUCCCCGAAAUCACAGUAGAGCUAUUGCAGAAGGUUAAGAUGCUUUGCUUGGAUCCCGAUAGAGCAGUUUUGGGAAUUCAGAUGUUACAUUUUCUCGCAAUGCUAAGACCCCCGGUCAGGAACAUGUGCAUGGAUGUUCUAGAGGACCUAUGGCUGAAUCAUACCGAGCUUCGUGGACAAACUCACAAGCUCAUCUUAAAGUGGAGACCCGAGGUGCUCGCUCCCAAACCCACCGCUCCUCCCGACGAGAAUGCCGGCACCCCCGAAACUCAGAUCGCGGUGGACAUUCCCGGUGGGAGUGUUAACGGGAACUCUGCAGCAACAGCAACGGCAACAGCAUCGUCAUUGGACAACACCAAUAACACGACUAUGGCUGCUUGAACGUUUUACUUAAUUAUAAAAUGGGGAACGGUGAGGGAAGGAAAAGGGAGCGGGGUUGUUUUUCACCUUUUUUCUUUCUUUCUUCAUCAAACAUGCAUCACGAUAUCACACCUCUGUGUCUCAUUCUCUUCUUAUUCUUUUUUUUACACCUCCUACAUCUUUAUAUUCAUUGUAGAAGUCUAGGGGUUUCUUUCUUUCUUGCCCUUGUAAAAUGCAUGGUAUGGAGUUUUUUUCUUUCUAUUGUUUCCCACCUCUCUCUCCCCAUCGCUGCUUUUACGACGAUGGCAGAUGAUAUUCUCUUGUUUCUUUUGAAGUGUAUCUUCGCUGGAGCAGAAAUCGAGGAAAUUACCCUUUUUGUGAUUAAAUCCCCCAGCUAACUUAAAGCACAAGUAUUUAUACCUCUUAAAUUAUGAGAUGAGAUGAGAUGGGCGAUGAAUCAAAUGGAACUGCACAUAAUGGUCAA